AUGUCACCAUCUUCGACUCUUGACCCUCACGCGGCGGGCCUGCCCGAGUCGCGCGUCCUCGUCAUCGGCACCGGCGGCACGAUAUGCAUGCAAGAAGGCCCAGACGGACUCGCCCCCAGCGAGGGCUUCCUCGAGACCGCCAUGGCGCCUCGGCCAACCUUUAACGACAUGUCGGGACUGGACGUCAAGCUCCAAGCGUACCGAAACGGGCAGCUCACGUCGCUGGCGUCGCUGCGGACUCCGCCAACCGCGUACCGUCGCCACAUCCGCUACGCGGUGCUCGAGUUCACGCCGCUCCUCGACAGCUCGUCCAUCUCGGCGUCGGACUGGGCCAGCAUGGCGCUGUGCGUCGAGGAAAACUACCACCUCUUCGACGGGUUCGUCAUCCUCCACGGCACCGACUCGCUGGCCUACACGGCCUCGGCGCUCUCCUUCAUGAUGAGCAACCUCGGCAAGCCCGUCAUCGUGACGGGGUCGCAGGCGCCCAUCUUCGCGCUGCAGUCCGACGCCGUCGACAACCUGCUGGGCUCGCUCAUCCUGGCGGGCACCUUCGUGGUGCCCGAGGUCGGCCUCUUCUUCCACCACAAGCUGUACCGCGGCAACCGCACGACCAAGGUGUCCUCGGCCGCCUUCGAGGCCUUCGCCUCGCCCAACUGCGAGCCGCUCGCCAAGGUCGACGGGCUCGGCGUGACGGUCAACUGGCCGCUGGUCCUGCGGCCCACCAGCAUCGCCGAGUUCCGGGUCCAGAGGCACCUCGACACGGCGCACGUCGCCUGCGUCCGCGUCUUCCCCGGCAUCAAGCCCGAGAUGAUCGACGCCGUGCUGCGGCUCCCCUCGCUGCGCGGCCUCAUCCUCGAGACCUUCGGCAUGGGCAACGUCCCCGGCGGGCCCGACGGCCGCCUCACCCGCGCCGUCCGCGCCGCCGUCCAGCGCGGCGUCGUCGUCGUCAACGUCUCCCAGUGCGUGGCGGGCUUCGUGUCGCCCGUCUACGCCCCCGGCACCCACCUCGGCCGCGCCGGCGUCCUCUUCGGCCUCGACCUCACCCCCGAGGCCGCCCUCACCAAGCUCUCCUACCUGCUCGCCCUCCCGGGCCUCACGGACCGCGACCUCUCGGACCGCUUCGCCCGCUCCCUCCGCGGCGAGAUGACCGAGGUCGCCCACCCGACCUUCUCCCACCCCGAGCCGCCCCUCGACGCCGCCGCCGCCGCCGCCCGCCUCACCCCCCUCGAGUCCGCCUUCGCCGCCCUCGGCUACGCCAUUCAGAGCGGCGAGCUGCCCGUCGUCAGGCACCUGCUCCACGGCGAGGGCAGCCGCCUCCUCCGCACCGCCGACUACGCCGGCAACACCGCCUGCCACCUGGCCGCCGUCAACGGCAACACCGACAUCAUGCUCGAGCUGCUCAGCCGCGGCGCCAGCGUCCAUGAGCGCAACCGCGCCGACAACUCGCCCCUCUUCCUCGCCACCCUCUCCGGCAACGACGACUGCGCCGAGCUGCUCCGCUCCGCCGGCGCCCACCUGAGCCGGGAGGAGAUUGAGAGGGGGCCCCUCGCCAAGUACAGACACAAGACCUGA